UGGCGGAAGCUCCCAAAGUGUUUUCUCGUUUAUCCCCCCCGAGGCUCAACCUCUGACCCCGGGGGUUUUCCACGUGGGUCCCGUGAAGCAGGAGCAGGAAAAACGUGCAGAGUAUGGAGCAGCGGUCCGCAAUGAAGAAAGUCAGAGAGAAAACAAAGAGAAAGACGAAAGAAGUGGAGGAAGAAGAGCGAGAAGAACUUUUUAAUUUAAACAACAAAGCUGCUGAGAAAGAUGAAGAAGACGAUGACCUGUCAGACAGUGAGGACAGUGAAUAUUCUGGACUGGAGGAUUCUGGGAGCGACUCUGAGGAUGAAGAGGAAGAGUCAGGUGAUGUGGAGGAAGAUGAUGCUGGAUCAAAUGAAGAUCACGAUAAACAGAAUCAGCAGACAAAAGUGAAAAACAACAAAAACAAAAAAGGAACAACCGAAGGAAAACAGGAGAAGAAAGAAGAUGAAUACGAGCAUGACACUUCCGAUGAAGAGGACAUCCGGAACACGGUGGGCAACAUUCCCAUGGAAUGGUACAAAGACUUCCCUCACAUCGGCUACGAUCUGGAUGGAAAGAAGAUCUUCAAGCCGAUCCGGAACAAAGACGAGCUGGACGAGUUCUUGGAUAAAAUGGAAAAUCCUGAUUACUGGAGAACAGUCCACGACAAGCAGACGGGGAGAGACAUUGUGCUGUCAGACGAGCAGGUGGAUCUGGUGAACAGAUUACAGCGAGGACAGUUUGGAGACAUCAACUUUAAUGAGUAUCAGCCGACAGUGGAGUUCUUCAGCAGCGACGUGAUGAUUCAUCCAGUCACCAACAGACCUGCAGACAAACGCAGCUUCAUCCCAUCCCUGAUUGAAAAAGAGAAGGUUUCCAAACUGGUUCACGCCAUAAAAAUGGGCUGGAUCAAACCAAGACGAGUGCAGGACGACAGCAAAGACCGCUACUAUGACCUGUGGGCCAGUGAGGAUUCAUCCAUCCUGGCCAAGCACAGGAUGCACCUGCCCGCCCCCAAAGUGCCCCUCCCCGGUCACGAGGAGUCCUACAACCCCCCACCUGAGUACCUGUUCACAGAGGAGGAGAAAGCGGUUUGGGAGCAGCAAGAUCCCGAAGACAGGAAGUUGCCGUUCAUUCCCAAGAAGUUCUCCAGCCUGCGUCACGUUCCGGCAUAUUCCCGGUUCAUCCACGAGAAGUUCGAGCGCUGCCUGGACCUUUACCUGUGUCCCCGGCAGAGGAAGAUGAGGGUCAACGUCAAUCCAGAGGAUCUGAUCCCCAAACUCCCCAAACCAAAAGACUUGCAGCCUUUUCCCACAACACAGUCUCUGGUGUAUCGAGGUCACAGCAGUCUGGUUCGCUCCAUCAGCGUGUCUCCAUCCGGACAGUGGCUCGCUUCAGGCAGUGAUGACGGUUCUGUCAGAUUCUGGGAGGUGUGUUCAGCUCGCUGCAUGAAGACAGUUCAAGUGGGCGGAGCCGUAAAGAGCAUUGCGUGGAAUCCAAACCCGGCUUUGUGUUUGUUGGCUGUUGCUGUAGACUCUUCGGUCUUGAUCUUGUCUCCGUCUCUGGGGGACAAACUGGUCGUUUCUUCUUCGGAGCGCCUGCUUGCUGGUUCACAAGAGGACAACCCGUCAGAAGGUCCCGAGCCCGUCGUCUGGUCUGAAACAGAGGGGGAGGAGCUAAAGGAAGGGAUCCAUCUUAAAAUCCAGCAUCCCAAAGCCGUCCAUCAGGUGACGUGGCACGCUAAAGGAGACUACCUGGCCUCUGUGAUGCCAGACAAUUCCAGCCACCUGCAGGUGUUCAUUCACCAGCUGAGCCGGAGGCGGAGCCAGAACCCCUUUAGGAGAAACAAAGGUCUCGUUCAGAGCGUCGCCUUCCACCCCAUUCGGCCCUUCUUCUUCGUGGCAACGCAACGCUACGUCCGGAUCUACAACUUAGUCAAACAGGAAAUGACCAAAAAGCUUCAGGCCAACUCCAAGUGGAUCUCCAACAUCGCAGUCCACCCCGGAGGUGAUCAUGUGAUCUGUGGGAGUUACGACUGUAAGCUGAGCUGGUUUGACCUGGAUCUCUCGACAAAACCGUACAAGGUUCUACGACACCAUAAGAGGGCGGUGAGGAGCGUGGCCUAUCACAAAGGUUACCCGCUGUUUGCUUCGGCGUCUGACGACGGAACGGUGAUCGUCUGUCACGGAACCGUCUUCAAUGAUUUGCUGCAGAAUCCGCUGAUCGUUCCUGUCAAAGUCCUAAGAGGUCACGUGAUCACGCAUGACCUCGGAGUUCUGGAUGUAACUUUUCAUCCCACACAACCGUGGAUUUUCUCCUCGGGAGCCGAUGCAACGAUCCGACUUUUCACCUGAGCAACUUGUUAAAUUGUUUGGGGAUUUCUUUUUUAGCAGAGAAAUUUCAAAUGUUUGUCUGGAAUAUUCUAGUCUUCUGUUUCUCAUUUCAGAAAAUGUGUCAUUUCCAGCAACAUCAAGUUGUUCAAUAAAUUGUAAUAUUCUUA